GGGGGGCAGUUAAAGGUUGGCUGAUACUUGGAGAUGACGGUGCCUGACUCGGUCCUCAGACCUGCCAACUGAAGCUGUACACAGUAGACACAGUAAAGCCCUCGACACCAGGUCCACUCGCCUCCUGCUGGAGCCGAAGGAGAAGAUGAGUCCAGUGGAGGCCCAGUAGUUUGAAGUUAAACCUUUGGAAUUCAGCGACGAUCGCAGUGACUCGCCCAGCGGAGCUGAUAAGCCACAGAACAAAUCAAUACUCGGAAAAUCAGUGCUCCGAGCGUCGGCGAGGAAAUGGAGACGUCAGACGUGAAGGACUGGAGGAAACUUGAACCGAACUAUCCUGUCAAAAUCUUCCUGACAGUCUUCUACAGCCUCAUGCUGGUGACGGGAAUUGUGGGUAAUUCAGUCACUAUCAGAGUGACCCAAGUGCUGAAGCGCAAUGGGUAUCUUCAAAAGAAUGUGACGGACCACAUGGUGAGCCUCGCCUGCUCUGAUUUACUGGUGCUCCUCAUAGGGAUGCCAGUAGAGCUCUACAGCGCCAUCUGGUUUCCCUUCGCCUCGGCCUCCGGCAAUGUUUCCUGUAAGAUCUACAACUUCUUGUUUGAGGCUUGCAGCUACGCUACCAUCCUCAACGUGGCCACGCUCAGCUUCGAGCGAUACGUCGCCAUCUGCCACCCGUUCCACUACAAAGCCCUGGGGGGGAGGCGGACCCCCGCCCUCAUCACCUUUGCCUGGCUGCUGUCUGUGUUGGUGGCCCUGCCGCUGCUGUUCACCACCGGAACCCAGGGCUACAUCCCGCUGCGGUCGGACACACCCGUGCAGAAUCUGACUUUUUGCACCAACCUGAGGGAGCGCUGGGUCAUGUACAGGGUUAGCAUCUUUGUGGCGUUUAUCCUUUACAUGAUUGUGCUGAUGGGCGUGGCCUUCAUGUGCCGGGCCAUGAUCCAGGUCCUGCAGAAACCUUGGGACUCUCCAGAUAACGGCGUCCACGCAGCACCCAAACACGAGAGUUCAAAGGCCAAGACUGCCAGGAAGCAGACCAUCGUUUUUCUGGGUCUCAUUGUCGGAUCCCUGAUGCUGUGCUGGCUUCCCAACCAGAUUCGUCGUCUGAUGAUGGCUGCUCUGCCCAAGUCCCAGUGGAGCGCAGCCUUUUUCCGGAGCUACAUCACCCUCCACCCCGUGGCCGACUCCUUCUUCUACCUCAGCUCCGUGGUGAACCCGUUCCUGUACAACCUGUCGUCCAGACAGUUCAGAGAGGUCUUCCUCCAGGUGCUGCGCUGCCAGGUCACCGUGCAACACGUCAACAGGCGCACCCUCCAGAACUCCAGUGCGUCCGCCUCCGCCCGCUCCCUGCGGCCCCUCCUGAAGUCACUACGUCAGGGCAGCAGGACCCGCAGCGCCACAGGACGGGACAAAACCCAAUCUCCUUUAACAACCUUUCAGAAACAGCAGGACUCAGGACUGGGUUCAGAAACAAACCCGCCCCCCAGUCCGACUGAACGGUCCGACUGUUCGGACGGACUGAAACAGACGGAUGAUGGAUUGUCAAAUAUACCUUGAAUAUAUUACACACAAACCAACAUAAUGUUUUUGUUUUUUUAAUUUAAUAUUUGUUCUUCAGUUCCAACAGCUGCGACUAAUGACCAGUCAUUGUUUCUUCAUCAGUUACUGUUUGGUCUUUACAUUCAGGAAAUUGAUUCAAAUUUAAUUUGUGGUUAAAAAAAAAAAAACCCCAAAAAACUCUCAACGUCCGAAAAUUAUUCUUUGACGAUAGAAGAGGCAGAAAACAUAUGUAUGUGUAUAUGUAUAUAUGUACAGUAUAUAUGUAUAUGUAUAUGCAUACAGUAAACUGUCAGUAAACUCUGGUUCUCCAGUGAAAGAAUUGUUAAGAGCAAAGGAAAAUAAACGUGUUUAUUUAGAACAGGA